AUGCCAUUGUCAUCGAACCAAAUGGAGGAGCUUAAUUUGUUCCAGAGGAAGGUCCACGAAGACCAGCCCAAGGACUUGCUUCAAUUUGCCGCAAACUACUUCAACCGAAGAUUGGAGCAGCAAAGAUUCUUUGCGCGGAACCAAGAGUCGCUCGCGCUGUCGAAGGGGAUCGUACUGUUUCCUUCGGCUACAAGAAAUGAUUCUGUGGUCGCGUCUGGCAGCCUUGGCGGGAGGAUUGGCGGCCUGGGCAGUCUAGGUGGUACGGAUGAUCAGGACGUGCUCUUCAAGGCGCCCUUCGCCGAACAAGACCCACACGCUCACGAUCCGCAUGCAACGCACGAAAACUCGCAAGACGGCGACCAACAGAAUGAUAGUGACGCUGGCGGCCUCUUCAAGAACAACUUCAGGGUGAAUCAGUCCAGCGACAAGGAUAUCAAGAAGCCCGUAGACCCUAUGGCGCCAGAUCACACAAAAUCACCAUCUCCUCAGCCCACCAAGAUACCUAGAAGAUCUACUCUUGCACCACAACCUUUGCCACUGAACUUUAACGCCCAAAGGCGCACGUCUGUGAGCGCCGAAACGAUGACUCCUGACAACCUGGAUGACUGGACUCCUGAGAACUUCAACGAGAAGACUGGCGAACAGCUGGCUCGUCUAGAAAAGGCUAUCGGUAGAAACUUCCUGUUCAACAAGUUGGAUUCUGAGUCUAAGAGACUAGUAAUCAACUCGCUGGAAGAAAAGACAGUUAAGCAAAGUCAAGAAAUUAUCAAACAAGGCGACGAGGGUGACUACUUUUAUAUCGUUGAGAAGGGCACCGUCGACUUUUACGUUGGGAACGAAAAAGUGAAUACUUCAGGCCCCGGGUCCAGCUUUGGCGAGCUAGCGUUGAUGUACAACAGCCCCAGAGCCGCUACAGUUGUAGCUAACACGGACUGUGUAUUGUGGGCUCUGGAUAGGCUGACUUUUAGGCGGAUUCUGCUUGGAGGUUCUUUCAAGAAGAGAAUACUCUACGACGAAUUCCUGAAAUCAAUGCCUGUACUUCAGUCACUGUCCACAUACGAUCGUGCCAAAUUGGCAGACGCGCUAGACACAGAGCUUUAUCAUCCGGGGCAGGUUAUUAUCCGCGAAGGCGACAAUGGUGAAAACUUUUACUUUAUUGAAUAUGGUGAAGCUGAGGUCUCUAAGGAGGGCCAAGGUAUUAUUGCGCAUUUGAAACAGGGCGACUACUUCGGAGAAGUAGCCCUACUGAACGACCUUCCUCGUCAGGCCACUGUGAAAGCAAUCAAGAAGACCAAGGUCGCCACACUUGGAAAGAGUGGGUUCCAGAGAUUAUUAGGGCCUGCAGUCGAAGUCCUGAAGCUCAACGACCCUACGCGUGUGGACCACUAG